AUGGAACUUUUUUCUAUCUUCUUUGGUUUCUUUGGGGGACUAUUUGUGCUCACAUUGACAAAGGUUGUGGGGCAGACUCGGAGCAUAUGGAAACGAACACAAAGUUUGACAAACAUUUACCUUUAUAUGAUCUGGACAGAAACGAUAGUGAAUCUGAUAUUCUCUAUUACGACAUAUUUAUACCUAUGUGGAGUCAUCCACUUGAGUCUUGUGUAUUUGAUUGCUACUGUGCUGUUAUGGUCCAUUCAGACCCAACUUCUUUCGCAAAUUAUCGCCAAUCGUGUUUCAUUGAUCAUGGUCAACAAGCGCAAAUCCCGGUUACUCAAAUGGGGCCUCUUUAUCCUCAUUGGUAUGGUCAACAUCUCCGUCUUUUGCAUUUGGAUUAUGGCCCACAUGCCAUCAGCUAGCCCAAGGAUGAUCGCCUUCAACAACAUCUGGGAACGGCUUGAGAAGAGCUUUUUUCUUGUCAUUGAUAGUGGACUUAACUUGUACUUUCUGUACCUGGUGCGGUACCGGCUUAUUGCAGAUGGGCUCGUGAAGUACUGGCGUCUCUUCUAUUUCAAUGCGGCAAUUCUUCUCGUUUCCCUAUCCAUGGAUACUCUGCUUCUUGGGAUGCUGAGCCUACCGAACCCAUAUGACUACGUCCAAUUUGCUCCCGUUGCCUACAUUGUCAAGUUACAUAUCGAGCUCACUAUGGCGGUCCUCAUCUCCAAAGUCGUGCGCGGCAGU